AUGCCGCAGAACGACAACGGAGCCCCACCCAAAGUUCAAGGUACCUACGUGCGAGUCCGCAAAAGUCUCGUUGUGGAUGGAGAUACAGUCCGUGCAUAUCCGCCAAACUCUGAAAAGGCAGAAUCACUCCGCAUCCUCAGCUUGGACACCGAAGAAUCGUUCAAGUUUGGAAGCAAGCCGUCCACUCCAUGGGGAAAGGCUGCGAAGGAUUACGCCAAGCAAUUCUUUAGCGAUCAAGAUGAAAUCAUCAUCGAGUUUCCUGGCAACGAAUCUGUGGAAGAAUGUCUCGUCAAGUAUCGUGGAGCCUUUGGAAGAUUGCUAGUUUGGAUUCAUCGCCUGGACGGUGUCGAAUACUCAGAACAUAUGAUUCGCUUGGGCUAUAGUCCGUAUUAUAACAAGUAUGGAAACGCCGAGUUUGAGGCUCAUCAUCGACGUUUCAUGUUGGCUGAGCGAGAUGCUCAAAUGAUUGCAAUAGGUGUCUGGGACCAGCAAAGAGUGAAUGGUCGAGUCAUUCGCGACUAUGCUAAGUUGUGUACGUGGUGGAGUUUGCGCGCAGGUAUCAUUGAUCGUUAUCGUGCCAACAGGAAAAGCGGCGUUGUUGUGUACAACACCAGGAAAGAUUUUCAAAAACUUCGCGAAGAAGCUGAGAAACGCACCUCUGUCACAAUCUUUACCGAAAUUCGGGACGUUCGUCGUUCCUCAAGUGAGGAGGGUAAUGUUAGCGCUACUGCUAGUAUAGGGACCGAUGAUCGCCCAGUGCAGAUCUACGUCCCAGAUGCCGAUUCGAAGGUGGGAGAACAAAUUCUCGAGUUGUUUCGUACGCGAUAUAUCGGAACUGAAUAUUCUCCGCGCCGCGGCUACUGCUACCUGAGGGGUGAACUGACCACUGCUGGAAAUGGCGUCAGAAUGACUGUGGAAAGAACGUUCGAUGUCAUGGAUGAACUUUGGAUGGCUGAUGAAAUGUACGCUGUGUCCACGGUUGUUCAACAAGUUGAAACACGGCAAGAAUCAAAUGGAAGCAAGCGCAGAAAAACUGAUACGAAGGAUUCUGCCGAGAACCCUUCAGAGAAAAAGAGAAGGGUUACAUCCGGAGCCGGGCGGGUGCGUAUCUCAAAAUUGUUGCCAAAUCCAGUCGGGAUUGAUCGAGGCAACGAGACUGUAACGCUUGUCGCCACUGGAGGUGAGGUUAAUCUGAGAGGCUGGCUGCUUCGCACUAAAUCAGGAGCGCGAAGUUCAUUGGAAGGAUCGGUUACUCAAGAAGGAAAGACUAUUAAUCUAAGUGGUAACUUGAGGCUUGCCAAUACUGGUGGCACUGUGAUGCUUAUUGACGCUGCCGGAGUUGAAGUUCACGAGGUGUCCUACAACAAGGCGGAUGCCACGGAAGGGGCAGAAAUUCGUUUCAAUUAGCUUCCAUGGAUUUGUCCCCGUCUUCCAAUCAGGAUGUGAUCCAACAUGAGUUGGCUCUCUCCUUAUCGAGCGCUUUCCUGUCCAGGAAUGUGUUUCGUGGAAGCCAUGUUUUUUUAUCAUAAUCCAGCCCUUCUGACUCACAGGCGAUAGUGCUGCUCUUUAACGGAAUGCUACCGGCACACUCUCUGAGAGAGUCUACUUUUCGCCUUUCUGUGUAAACGUGAGUCAUGAAUUA